GAGUCAAAAAUCGACAUAUUGGUGAAGUCUAUCUCUGCAUAUAAAUCCCUUUUUCGCUAUUAAACCCGCGAAUGCAUUUUUUUAUUUUCUUUUUUCAACUGAAAAAUGUCAGUUGACAUGUCACCAUCACCAAGCUCAAGCGCCGCCGUAGCAUCCUCACCGGGGGAGCAAUUCCGGCCAUCGGAAGCAAUGAUCUCCUCUUCAUCAUCGUCGUCCUCUCUAAUGACUCAGGCCUUCCCUUUCUCCUCUGGAAACCCUAGGAUCGAAGAAACACGCGGUGUCAUGCACCUCUUCAACAACAACGACGCGGUUUCACCUCUUCCUGUUGAAAGGAAACCUCUUGUAUGUGUCAUUGGAGUACCAAAUCAUAUGACUUAUGCAGAUUUUUGCCAGUUUUGCGCUUCUUUUAUUCCUCACAUUUCGGAAAUGCGAAUUGUAAGGAAUGAUGGAAUGGAGGAUAGGUACAGUAUUCUGAUAAGAUUUGACAGUCAGGAAUCAACAGAUAAAUUCUAUCAGCAUUUUAAUGGUAGACAGUUUAAUUCCUUGGAGGAAGAUGUCUGCCGUGUGCUUUUUACAGUUGAUGUACAGUUCACUGGUUAUAGUGGUUCACUUGACACACAACCUUCCCCAGCAAGUACAACUGAACAGCCUUCAUGUCCAGUUUGUCUUGAGAGAUUAGACCAAGACAUGGGUGGAAUUCUCACAACUAUCUGUAAUCAUUCUUUUCACUGCUCAUGCAUUUCAAAAUGGACAGAUUCUUCUUGUCCAGUUUGCCGAUAUUGCCAGCAACAACCUGAAAAAUCAACAUGUUUUGUAUGCCAAACUUCUGAGAAUUUGUGGCUUUGUGUAAUUUGUGGUUUUGUUGGCUGUGGGAGGUAUAAAGAAGAACAUGCAAUAAGACAUUGGAAAGAAACACAACACUGCUAUUCUCUAGAAUUGGAAACACAGCGUGUUUGGAAUUACAUCAGUGACAAUUAUGUUCACCGUUUGAUUCUAUCCAAAACUGAUGGCAAAUUAGUUGAAUUGAAUUCCCAUUGUGUGCAUGCUAAUGAUGGUUGUGGAAGUUGCGAAUGUGUAAACACUGGAAUUAGUGAGGCUCUUUUGAACAGCAAAGUUGAAGCGAUUGUUAAUGAAUAUAAUGAACUCCUAGCCACCCAGCUUGAGACCCAAAAGUUAUAUUUUGAGACUUUGCUGCAAGAAGUGAAAGAAGAAACUGAAAGGGAAAUUUCAGAAGCAGUUAAGAAGGCUGUUGCACAAAGAUUACAAAAGUUGCAGUCCAAGUUGGAUAGAUGUCUCAAAGAGAAGAAAUUUCUUGAUGAACUCGAUGAGAAUCUUGUGAAAAAUCAGGAGAUAUGGAAAGCAAAAGUAUUGGAGAUUGAAGAGAGGGAGAAAACGGCUUUGAAAAUGAAGGAUGAUAAAAUUCAGGACCUAGAAGAACAGCUCAAAGAUUUAAUGGUGUACCUAGAAGCAGGGAAACCUAUGGAGCAAGUGUCAGUGUCGGACGAAAUCAAAGAUGGUACUGUCUUGCCAUUGCUAGUGGAGUCUUCUUCAAGGACCAAUUCUCCCAGGAGUAAGAAGGCUAAUAACCGGAGAAAAAUCAGAGGAUAGAGGAGUUCCAAAAUUUCCUUAUGUUGAUAAUGUGAAGUACCGAUUCAUCCAUUUGGAUUCCUCAAUUUCUUAAUGGCAACUUUUGUAAAAGCCUAAGCUUUUUCUGUGCAGUUCUGAAGUUUAAGAUUGAUACUUUUAGCAUAGGUAGUGUAGCAAAUUUACGUUGAUCAGGAGUACUCUCAGCCUGUAUAUUCCGGAUGUCCUUAGCUUUAAGAUUUUUUUAUGGAGGUGUAAUGUACAUAAUUUGAGGGUUCUGUAGUCAGAAAAAUAGAAAGAGACAUGCAUUAUGUUGAAUACUUUGUUACUUCAGCUCCCGUGGUUAGCAGACGGUAAUUGGGGUACGCUAAUCAAAUCUUUGUGUCUGAA